UUCUCUGUAUGUGAAUUUAUAGGGGAAAACAUAUUGGAAACUUCGGAGAUAGUUUUUAUCUGUCAUUUAAGAAGGCAUACUUUAGAUCAGUGAUUUUGACCUUUGUACUAGUUUGCAGCGUUCAUGUUACAUUCAACCCACCUUUAAAGAGGUUAACAGACACUUUUCCUUGGUGAGAAAAUGGACUCUUUUAAAGGACCUUGCCCUCAUCAGAGUGUUCCUGUUGAGAUGGAUGAGAGCAUGACAUCCUCCAGUCUGCACUUGGCCUGGCCUCCCUCUUGCAAACAGUGUAGUGGACAUACAGAGACCAGCAAAAGGCCGCAGGAACAUGGCUAUGAACAAGCUAGGGGGGCAGCACACAAUGUCGGCCAGUGGAGACUCCCUGAGAGCCAGUAUCAGCAUGAACCCAGAGGAGCCUGUCAUGCUGCCCCCCAACCUCACCUCACCCCCCCUACACAGUCAGGACAGAUGAAACCCCCCCUCUCUGCAGGUGCUUGGGCUCAUGAUCUCAGAGAGCAGGCACCGCUGUUUGAUUGGGCCCCCCGGGUUAACCACAGUAGAGGCCUUGCAGGCCCUUCGAACUAUCCCCAGGACCGCUCUGUGGAGGAGGCAGAAAGCUUGGAGCACCCUCUCUCGCUCAUGUCUAACAGUAACUGUACCCACUACGUCCCAGAACGAUACCCUGCAGAACGUAUGCCCGGCCCCAAUCCAAUGCCGGGGAGUUGUCUCAGACAUUGUGCGUGCUGCCCUCCAACAAAUCUGCCCCUUCACAAUAAUAAAUUUUGUCAUUUUAAGCACGAUUACCCAGCAGAUCCACACCGGCAGCCUCAGCAUCACCAACAGUCAUGGACUCCCCCCCAUAAUAGGCUGCAAUUUAAAGAUGCUCCAAAUGCCCCCCAAGAAUCUGUGCCUCAGUGUGAGAGCCCUCCUAGAGAUGUGAUGCAUGAGGUCAGCGUGGGUCGCUCCUUCCAGGCUGGUCCAGGACCAGCCACGAGGGAAAUCAGGAAGACCAUCAGCCUACCUGAGGAGUGUAGGAAUGUUUUCAUCACAUAUUCUGUGGACACAGCCAAUGAGAUGAUUCCUUUCGCCAAAUUUCUGACUGCUCAGGGGUUCAAACCAGCAAUUGACAUCUUUGAUGAUCCAGUCAAAAGAAUGGACAUCACCAAAUGGAUGGACAAAUAUUUGAACGAUAAAUCAGUGCUCAUCAUCGUGGUCAUCAGCCCCAAGUACAGGGAGGACGUGGAGGGAAACGGGGACGAUGAGCAUGGCCUGCACACCAAGUACAUUCACAAUCAGAUCCAAAAUGAGUUCAUUCAACAAGGCUGCCUAAACUUCAGACUGGUACCUGUGUUGUUUCCCAAUGCAACCAAGAGACAUGUCCCCAACUGGCUCCAGAGCACGAGGAUCUACCGCUGGCCCCAGGACACCCUGGACCUGCUGCUGCGCCUGCUCAGGGAGGAGCGCUACAUCAUCCCUCAGCGGGGGGCUGACCUCACCCUCACUGUUCGUCCCCUCUGAGAAAAACUGAAAAGGACAGACACCUGGAAAAUAAUCAAUUUAAAGAAAAUGGUUUGUUUUGUCAAAAACUCGACAUGCUGUAGGUAUGACUUUGUUUUAUAUGCCUUGAUGAGGAAUAUUAUUACUGCAGCAGAUUAGUUGUAAAGUGUAUUCCUUCUGUCGCUUGUUUUCAGAUAUAGAUCUGCUGUUUGUUCUGUUAAUUUAUGAUUCAUAACAGUGUUUCUGAUCUCACUACAUACUCUGAAUACUGUUAAAUCUUCUUCCUUGAUGAUAGCAUUUGAAAUGAGAGCCAACACAGAACACUGCCAUUAAGAAUGCAUCAUGCACACUAUAAAGCCUGGAGUGUGUCACCAGAAUAUUUAUAGACUUUGUGUUGUGUUCAAUUAGAAUUCAUUAGUACACUGACACAUUUGAAAAAGUUUUCAAUCAUAAAUUGAUUGUUUGCUCUGAUAGUGCUGAUGGGCCAGCUGUUAUAUAUUGGCAGGAGUCAUGUAUGGGGUCUGGCCAAUCAGAGCUCUCUGGUUGGACUGCAUUCAGUUUUGAGGUGCUACACUUCUUACUGAUGUUUUUUUCCUUUGGCCAUUUGCAGGCAGCGGGACAUUAACAUAUUAUCACGUGUUAGCAAACAGUUCUCUAUUUAUUUACAGCAGACACAGAACAACAUUAUCAUUCAGAGUCGUGAUUCUGGCCAGCUGACAAAUUUAAGUUUAUUAUUCACUUACCAUUUUGCUGUGUUUUGGUCUCCACCAACUCCUGAGAAAAAUAUCUGGCUCUUUAGCUGCUAAAUGCUCCACUGUGUUUCCAGCUAGCCACUAACGGUACCUGUCUGCUGCUUGGUGCUGGGAAGGUAGUGCACAGUAUCAGAGCUCUUUCACUGAAAACAGCUGCCAGUAAAGUUGUGGGCCAUUAAACCAAAACAGCGAGCUAAAAGGGUCUAAAACGCCCCAUAGACCAGAGUUGCAGAGUCAGGUGAUAAUUCACUAUGAGCGACCCCUUUCACAUUGCACACAGUCCUUUAACCCAUUGUUAAUAUGAAAAUAUUGAUUAGUGCAGCUUUAAAGAGACAUAUUUUUGAUUAAUAGCUUUUUUUAAAUUGAACGAUUUAUUAAUAGAUUAUAAUAAACACUGUAAAAGCCUAUUCUCCAGUGGAAUACUCCAGGCUCCACAGUACACCAUCUGUCUAUUUCCUCUAGAAGCCCAUGAUUAACCAGAAGGUGGCAGCAUGUCCCAAAUAAUGACAACACUGCCAGCCUUGCUUACUUCUUUAUGGCAAUAGAUCUAAUUUGCAGUCAACAUUAGUUUAUGUUAUGGAUAUAAUUUUUUUUAUUUUACUUUGGAAUAAAUGCCAUUGUUUUGACUAACCAGUGAGGAUAUCAAUUUUUACCAUUUUCAUUUUGACUGUGUUCAUUAAAAAAAAAAAAGGUGUGUACCAGGAUCAUGAGAGCAACACUGUGAUGGAAAGGAUCUGCAGACGGGGCACACAAAGCCUUACAGCAUCAACAUCCUGUCCAUAUGUUGAACACCACCUCCCCGAUAAGCCAGUGAUGUGUGGGACACGUCCAACCGCCGGCUUACAACCCUCAACUUCAUCAUUUGUGCUCAGACUAGUUCAAUUCUGUCAGCCUGUUUACCAAACCUGACAAAAAAUGAUUUGCUCACUUGCUCAUUUGCUGAGUUCCUCUCACACACACACACACUGAUGUCCAGGCUUUUAUCAGCAUCUGCAUGAGGGUGCUGUCUAUAAACAAAAUGCUGCCAGCACCAAUAAAUCCACUGUUUGUUAUUGUUCAAGGACUCGCGUGCUCGACUCUGCCUUAUCUGGUGAGUCCAAAGCAACCGGACGCAGAUAUUUCCCCAAAAGGGCUUGGAUCCCCUAUCCAUCUACCCUGCUGCUUGUAAAAUAAACUCCCCACACUGGCUCAUUCUAUGAUUUUUUCCCCCUACAUCUACAGUAUAUCCAUGACAACAAGCAUCAGUCCUGCUAAAGUGGCCUUUGGGGAUCGAAAACAACCUUGAUUCAUAUCUAAUGAGAAGUGCUGUUGUCCGAGUAUCUCCGUUUUUUGGUUUUUUUACAUUGUGGGUGAAUGGGACACAUUGACAAUGGCAGUUGUGGGGGUUGAACCUGUGAUGUAUCAGUAAAAAGCUGGUUAGUCUCACAGCCAGGUCAGCCUGCCUCCAUCACUGCAGUGCAAGUGUGGAGGAUUCAUUUCGUUGUUCCAAAUAAUGAUUAAUAAUAAAAGGAGAGGAGUCCUGGUCAGAGGACAAAUUCCCAAUUUUUCUGAAAUGAAUCAUCUCUACUGAGGGACAUGCAUGUCACUGUGUCAACACUUCACUCCAAUUUUGUAGGGUCACCAAAACACACAGAAAAGUAGCUCUCAAAAAGUAACAUAACUGUCUUUUACGGCUCAACAAAAAAAGCAUUAAAUCAAGUGUUUUGAAGCUAAACAUUUUGUAUUGUGGUUCCUAAAGUCCAAAAUGUAUCUCUAUGUAUUAUCUAAAUGUAAAUGUCUCUGCUGCUUUUAUUGUUUUUAACAACUGUAUGUCCUUUUCCAGUCUUUAAACUGCAUGCCCUACUUUGUUUUUGCUUUGAUGUAUUUUAGGAAGCCGGGGAACUACAGAUGAAAAAAGCCUCCCGGCUAAUUCUAGCAAUUUUUUUAAUUGCUUAAUUUGCACUGUCGCUUCUCUCAAAUAAACUAAACUAAAGUAAGGCUCAGGUCGUGUGUAUCCUA